UUAAAGAUUAUUUAUUUGUUAAAUUGCUCAAUAAAUUAUCGAUAAGAUUUGGUGGAAUUGGUUUUUUUUUACAUUCCAGUAAUAUAAAAAACAAAAUUUCCAUUAAAUCCAAUUGGGAGUUAGUGUGACUUGUGUGAUUUUUCGUUUCGAACACAAAAUGGAUGAUAGUGAAUUCUAUCAACAAUUAUUCUCGAUUCGAGAUAUCAAUGUUGAUCAAAUUUGGAAACGAUUGGACAGUGAACAACAAAUUACAAAUAAUGAUAUUAAAGAAUGUUUGGAUAAAAUUAUGUUCAAUCAAGAAGAUCUGAGUAAACGUAAAAUUAUUCGUGGAAUUUUUGAAGAAAUGUUACGACAAAAUCUAAUUGAAUGUCAAGUAUAUAGUUUUGGAUCAACCACAAGUGGUCUUAGUUCAUAUGAUUCUGAUAUUGAUUUUCAUGUACGAUUAUUCCUUCCGAAUGGUCGCAUUCGUCGUUUAAAUAAUAAAGAAGCUGAAGCUCCUUUAAAAGAGAUGUUAAAAAUUUUUCGUGAAAAACUUCGAUGUUAUUUUCAUACCAUUUUCAUAAAAGCAUCAUGCCCAAUUGUUAAAUUGACUUCGUUUCCGAGAAAUCGAAUCAAACAUAAAAUAUUUAGCUGUGAUCUAAAUGUAACGAAUCCAUUUGGCAUCUAUAAUUCAAUAUUUUUAAAUUUUCUCUGUCAAUUCUGUCCAAAAUUUCAAAUGCUCACCGUAUUGUUACGUUUAUGGGCUAAAAAUACCAUGCUAAUUUGUUAUGAGGGAAUGAAUUCCUAUACAUUUACCAUGUUGGUUUUGUUCUUUUUUCAAUCCGAAAAAAUAUUCCUGCCAAUCGAACAACUUGAUGUAAAUUUCGCUGAUCAUUACUAUGAAACAGAUCCUGAUUCAUUCAAGCUAUUAAUUCAUGACAAAUGUCAAGCAUUAGUUAAUGAUACUGAACUUUCAAUUUUCAAUUUGUUGCUGAAAUUUUUCACAUUUUAUUCUCAAUUUGAUUAUUAUCAUUUUGUCAUCAGUCCACGAUUAGGCUGUCCAAUACGAAAGAAUGAAUUUAUCGAUACAAUCAUUAAUGGACGUUAUGAUUUUAAAAUGACAAAUGCAUUGUGUUUGGAAGAUCCAUUCGAAUUGGAACGAAAUAUUUCGAAAAAUGUUUCCUUUACAAAACUCAAUCAAUUUAUUCAACAAUGUGAAGAAUUUAAAACAAAAGAUGACAAUUUUUUCCGUAAUGGAAAGAAUUUCCAUAAAUUUAUGACUAUGAAAAAUGUUAAUUUAUUUAGAAUGUAUGUGCCAAUCAUUCCUUGUCUUUGCAUCAUUAGAUCGCUACUCGAAUCCAAUGAUCAAGAUCUACUUUACAAUCUAAUGGUAUAUUAUGGCGAUAUUAUAACCAAAAAAUUCAACGAAUUAUAUGAGAAAAAACUUUCAAUAAAAGCAAUAGAUGGAUAUCUAUUGAUCAAAAUCAAUGAACAUAUAUCAGCAGAAUCAUUAAAGAAAACAUUGAAAGAAUAUUUAGAAAAAAAACAGAAAAAAAUAAUUCCUAUCAUUGAUUAUACAUUCGAGAUGAAAAAGAAAAAAAGAAAAGAAAAAAUACAACAACAAUCCAAAAGAAUGGCCGUAAAAUUUGAUCCAAAUAUUCCAGGACCUAGUAAUAUAUCGUCAUCGAUUGUGGCUAAAAAAACUAGUAUGGAAAUUGAUAAUGAUCAGCCAAAAACAACUGAUAAAUCAAAUGGUGGAAAGAAAAAACUUCAACAACAAGAAAACAAAAUUCUCAAUGGUGUUGAAAAUGAUGAUGGUGAUGAUAGCCAAGAAACAUAUUCUGAACUAUUGAAUUUUUCAUUGGUAUUAAUACCGAAUGGUGAAAAUUUCUAUUAUUUUGCAUUAAAAUCAAAUCGUCCUAUUUUGAUUGCAAUACAAUCAUUUUUACAUAGAGAAAUCUGCACAUGUCAAUCAGAUCGACGUCGUAAACGAACUGAAAAUUUAGAUAAAAAUGGCAACGAAUAACAACAACAACAACAACAACAACAAUGAUUCGAAACGAAAAGAAAAGAAAAAAAUGAAAAAAAAUAAAAAUGUUCAACAAAACCAAAACCAAAGAAAACACGAGCUUAAAUGUCAUUUUUAUAAUUUUUGAACACAACUGAAUUGAUUGUUUUUUAAUUAAUUAAUCGUCUUUUUUUUGGUGACAAAUA